AUGGAGAAAAAAUCUUUGCAUUUCUCCUUCAAAUUCACAGCCAUUGCUCUUCUGUUCUUGAAUUGCACAAAAUUCGGAAAAGCCACGAGAGGGCCGUCCCCAUCAUUGGGAAAGGGAACAUGGCAACUUCUGUUGAACAAUACUGGGGUAGUGGCAAUGCAUAUGGCCUUAACUCACUACAACACUGUGAUAAUGUUCGACCAGAUAGAAUCCGGGCAAUCCGGUUUCAGAUUUAGCCACCGUCACAAUGGGACGAGAUGUAGGAAUACGCGUGAGGAUUUAGAAGACUCUUCAUGCUAUGCUCAUUCGGUUGAGUAUGAUGUUUUGAGGAACAAAAUUAGGCCUCUACAUAUUGAGACUGAUACUUGGUGUUCUUCGGGUUCUUUCUUGAGCAAUGGGACGUUGAUUCAAACCGGUGGUUAUGGACAUGGUGCUCGAAGAAUAAGGUAUCUUGAGCCUUGUGCACAUGGCCAUAAUUGUGAUUGGAAGCAAACAAAGAGACUUUUGUCUGAUGAUAGAUGGUAUGCUUCGAAUCAAAUACUCCCUGAGCACGACCAGAUCAUUGUAGUGGGAGGUAGACGGGUAUUUUCAUAUGAAUUUGUACCAAGAUUAUCAUCCAACAGGUUUAAAUCUUAUGACCUUCCAUUCUUGCACAAUACCUAUGACAAGAAUGAGGGAGGAAAUAAUUUCUACCCUAUAAUCCACCUUUCUUCCGACGGUCAUCUCUUCAUUUUUGCCAACCGGAAUUCAAUCCUUUUCAACUAUAAAAUAAACAAAGUUGCGAAAACCUUUCCAAGAAUUCCUGGAAAUGGAUCCAGGAGCUAUCCAAGUACAGGUUCAUCAGUCAUUCUCCCUUUAAGCCAUACUGAUCGCUUCGAAAGGGUUGAAGUCAUGAUAUGCGGAGGGGCGUCUUCUGACGCAUAUUCAGCAGCCCAACACGGCAGAUUCUUACCAGGAUUGACAUCUUGCGGGAGAAUGGAAAUCACAGAUACACAUUCAGGAAUGUACCUCAUCCGACCGAACUCCGGUUACAGCAAUGGAAACGAGGGGGUGGGAUAUGGAAAGGAAUUUUCAGUUCAUUUUCUUCUGAGGAAUACAAGGCCAAGAAAUGUAGUGUUUACUGCAUAUGCACCUCCAUUUACUACACAUUCAAUUUCAAUGAACCAAAGGAUGCUUACACUUAGGUGCAGAAACUUGGUUAGGGCUGCAAAUGGGUUGAUAAAUGCACAAUUGGAAGCUCCUCCUAAUCCAAAUGUGGCACCUUCUGGUUAUUAUAUGCUUACAGUUGUUAAUGAUGGAAUCCCUAGUGUUUCUCAGUGGGUUAGGUUCAUACAUGCUUGA